CGCGCUCAAACGGACAGGGGUUUGAAUUUCGCCGGGGGCCAAUUCACCGAAAAGCGUGGUCACCUCGCCAUUUUCUCUUCCCCUCCCCUCGUGACAAUGAUGGCAACCCGGAUGCAUGGGUACCAGCAGAUCUUGUUCCGAACGUUUGAAGCCCCUAACUUGUUCGCCCAAGAUGGCUGAGAUUUAUAACACGGACCGCUUCGCGGAGCUCUAUUAUCCAUCCAAUACCGCCGACCUCCUGCAUCUUGGCCUCGCAGCGAGGUUCGUGGCGGCGCUUUUCGAGUCGAGUCGAGUUACUUAUGCCUUCAUCGGAGGAUGGGCGGUCUAUUUGCGGGGUGGUCGUCGCCGCACCCAAGAUAUCGAUAUUACAGUUGCCACCUCGAUGGACAAUUUAAGACAAAUUUUGACUGCAGAACCCCGAAUUCAUUUCCCGGCUAUUCAUGGCCGAACUUCCGUUCAAAUAUUCAUUGACACGGGCCGCAGUGUGGAUGGGGAGUUCCCCCACGUACCGGACUUGGCGGUCAGUAUGGAUAUCGUCAUAAGUGGAAACUUGGGGACACCGGAGGAUCUUCAAUCCUCCCGCGAACCGAUCAAUCCUCAUAGACCAACACCAUUGGGAUCUCCCGUUUUAGUACUUGGAUUGGUCUUCCAAAUCUAUGCAAAACUAGACGCCUUCGCCAGGCGCGGCGAACAAGAUAGCAAAGACUUCGUGGACCUGGAGUUUCUUUUCACCCAAUAUGCGAUUCAAAUACCAGCAUUCCGAGAUUGCUUUAGUGUUGAGCAGCGACAGUAUUUCUGGAUGCAAUAUGCCGCCAAAUAUGCGACCUUUCCAGAACAAGUGGACAAUAUGAGGCUUCUCCUUGGGCUUUGA